AUGGAAAUAGAGGCUUAAAGGUCUGACAGAAGCUUGAAGCUAAUUUAUGGUGAAGAAGUUUACAAUAAAAUUAUCUAAUCAAAUGUUUUAAUUGGAGGAGCAGGUGGUGUUGGAUGUGAAAUAAUUAAAUCAUUAAGUAAAACAGGAUUUAGGAAAUUUACAAUGAUCGAUUUAGAUACAAUAGAGCUAACCAAUUUAAAUAGGCAAUUCUAUUUCAGAAAACAUCAUGUAGGAAAAGCUAAAUCUGCUUGCGCUAAAGAAGGAGUACUAUUAAUUGAACCAAAUAUCUUGUAAGUAGAUGCUAUUUUAGGAAAUAUUUAUGAUCCAAAGUUUGAUGAUUUAUUUUAUAAAUAAUUUGAUAUUGCAUUUUGUGCUUUUGAUAACUAAGGAGCUAGAAGGCACUUUGGUAAGAUGUGUACAGUGAAUAACAUUCCUAUGGUAGAGGCUGGAACUUCUGCAUUUAAUGGAUAGACAUAGACUAGAAUAAAAGAUUUAUUUGAAUGCAGAAAUUGCACUCCAGAAGUCAAACAAUAAACUAGCUUUAAUGUUUGCUCAAUUAGAACUAGACCUUCUGAACCUAUUCACUGCAUAGUUUGGGCUUCUAAUAUGUUUAAUUUGAUAUUUGGGAACCAAGAUGAUUCAAAUUUGUUGGAAAACUAUAUUUAAGAUAUUUUCAAAGAGGGAAUCAAGAAUGUCUAAGACCCAAAAGAAAAAGCUCUUCAGUUAUUUGAAAAGAUUUUCAACGAAGACAUUUAAAAAUGUGAUGAAAAAGAAAGAUUCCCAAUUUCUUUUGAGCAAUCUUUAUAAAUUGACAACAAAGAAGAUGCUGUUUACUUUGAUGAAAGAAAUAAUCGCAAAUUGUUAGAAGACGAAAAAAUCUUCACUAUUAAGGAGUAUGCACAGAAAUUUAUUUAAGCGUUUUUAGAUGUAUUUCAUCAUAGAAAAGAAGCUUUAGGAGAACUAAAAUUUGAUAAAGAUGAUUAACUGGCUUUGAAAUUUGUCGCUGCAAUCACUAAUUUGCGUACAUUUAAUUUCCUUAAUAAGGAAAAUGAAAAGAAUAAGUUGAGAUAUCUCUCAGAGCAUAAAAUAAAAUAAAUGGUUGGAAAUAUUAUCCCUGCAAUAGCAUCAACAAACGCUAUCGUUUCUGCUAUCCAAGUAAAUGAAGCAAUUAAAAUAAUGAAAGGUUAUGCCAAAACUAAGCCUUAACUAUUCAGCGAGUAUUUAGUCCAAAAUGGUGAUCAAAGCAAAAUAACUCCAGCACAGUUAUCUCUUCCACAAUUAUCUUGUCCUGUUUGCUCUCCAGCUAAUUGCUACAUAAACAUAAAAGCAAAUUGCACUCAAAUAACUUUUGGAUAGCUCAAAUAAAUUUUUGAAGAAUAGUACUUAGCAUAUAAUUAAAUUAUCAAAAUAGAUGAUAAAGUAUAUUAUGACCCUCAUUAGAUUAGUUUGAGAAAGAUAUUUGACAACUUACUACUAAAGAAAAUUAGCGAACUUCCAAAUUAUAAUUAAGACUACACUAAAUUUAAGCUAUUUAGCAUUGAUAAUUAGAUCACUUGGGAGUUCAAUUUAAUGCAUGAUAGCUCUUUAUAAGGAUAACAAGUAGUUUGUGAUCAAAAUAGUGACCCUACUAGAAUAAAGUAGCAACAAAUUCAAUAUAUAAAACUAAAGCAUGAGCAAACUUUUAAAGAAAAAAUAGAUAUAUUUAAGAGAUAUAAGUAUAUUUGA